ACCACAACCCAGCAUGUCUCUCCGCCCCGUCCCUCGCGCCCUGCGCGCCUCUCUCCAAGUUCUCCGACCCAGCAUCUCCAUCCAGCAAACCCGCUCCCUCACACGAACAACUCCAACCCCACAAUUCAACCCGACAGGCGCCUCACCUCCGAACCGAACAACAACCCCCAACAAAGCUACUCCUCCUACCACUCCCACCCCCUCCAAUGGCUACCGCAACACCAACACCACAAACAGCGCCAACGGCACAAACAAUACCGUUGAAACCCCCAUAAAACGCACCGAAAACAUCUCCAAAACCGGCCUCUCAGACCAGCCCCUCGAGCUCGACGACCCAACAGCAGACCGCAUCGACUGGACGCGCUCCUUCCACGGCCUCUCGGCAGCGCCCUUCCCCAAAGAAGCAGCAGACAUCCUCCUCGCAGAGGUCAACCCCGAUGAAGUCGAGAUCAAGCCCGACGGCAUCGUCUACCUCCCUGAAAUUAAAUACCGGCGGAUUUUGAACCGCGCGUUCGGUCCUGGCGGGUGGGGGCUUGUCCCGCGCAGUGAGAGUAUCGUUACGCCGAAGACGGUGACGAGGGAGUAUGCGCUUGUUUGUAAUGGGCGCCUCGUCAGCGUAGCCAGAGGCGAACAAGACUACUUCUCCCCCGACGGCAUCCCCACCGCGACAGAAGGCUGCCGAUCCAACGCCCUCGUCCGCUGCUGCAAGGAUCUCGGCAUCGCCAGCGAACUGUGGGACCCGCGCUGGAUCCGCCGCUACCGCGCGCAGUACACGCGCGAGGUCUUCGUCGAGCAUAUCGUUAAUAAGCGCAAGUCGAAGAUUUGGAUCCGGAAGGAUGAUCCGGUUUCUUAUCCUUGGAAGGAGAGCAAGUGAUUUGUUCGUUCUUCCUUCCUUCCUGGAUUUGAGGGUUUGAUGGAGUGGGGUUAAUGGGGAAUGAGGAAUGGUUUUUUAUGUAUGAUAAAUGCAUGCUGGAUUUGUUUGUUGAUUUGAUUUGUAUUAUAGAAAUACUGGGAAUAAAGUACUCUGCU